AUGGCAGCGACCGAACAAACCAUCCUCGCGACCUUCCUCCUCCCUCCAGCUCCCCUCCCCACAAUCGCCACCCUCCCAGCAUUCACCGCGCUGUUCCCGCGCGCUCAGAAGCAGCAGUCCUCCCCGCAGAUCAAGGCCCUCUAUCGUGACCUACAGCACCAGCGUGCGCGCAUCGCCGAUACCGUCGCGAAGAACAUUGCUCAGGAGGUUAGGAGGGGGAAUGCGCAGCGAAGGGCGGUGGUUCGAGCGCGCCGGGACGCAGAGAGGGAGGAGGGCGAUGACGAGGUGGAGAUUGAGAAGGCUCUGUUCGGGGCGACUUCUAAUCUGCCGAUCUCCAAACCUCAUACUUUGAUUUCGAUUUUACCAGAACUGCAGGAGGCAGUGGAAGACGUCGAGGAUGGGAUCAGGCGGCUAGACGAAGAGGCGGAGGCGCUGUUAGAAGAGAUGCGCAGGACGGUAGGUGGGUUGAGCGAUCUACGGUUUGGAAGGCUUGCGAAUGCGCAUUUGAGGGAGCAGGUUUUGGACGGCUUAAAAAGGAUGGAGGAUACAUGCGACAAGAAGUGA